CCCCAACUCAGUACGGAUUUUUUGCAUAUUUGUAAUAUCUCUUGCUUUGGAGGCUAUGGCCGACACUCGCGACUGAUCGACGAAAGACGUGGAGAUUUGUUAAGUUCUGUUCUAUGGGAAUUGCAGCUAUCGUGUUUUAGGUAGCUAGCGGGCGAUAUCAUCAUGGGGGUGGGAGACGAUGUGGCCCCCCGCUUCACUCAGAAACCGUCACUGCGACAGGCGGACAAUGGACAACGACUUAUAUUCGAGUGCGCCCUUGAAGCUUCUCCCAAACCGGACAUCUCCUGGUUUCGGGGAACUACAGCUAUUACCGGGUCAGACAGGAUUAAAAUGCGGGUAGACCCCGCCGGUGGAAGUGCAUUCAAAGUGAUUAUGGAAAUAGUGAACGUGACACAAGGAGAUGCCGGUACCUACAAGGUUGUAGCCAAGAACAGACUGGGAGAAGUUUCGGCUUCCAUAAACCUGAAUUUCAGCGCUGGACAACAAAAACAACAAGAAGGAAUUGCACCCAACUUCACCCAGAAGCCAGUGACGAGACAAGAGAACAAUGGACAGAAGCUGUUGUUUGAGUGUCUUCUGACGGCUGACCCUGCCCCGGCCAUCAGCUGGUUUAGGGAUGCCACACCCAUCCAACAAGGGGGCCGCUUCAAUCUGAAGACUCAGCCCAGAGACAAGAAGACCUACUUUGUUGUACUUGAGAUCAACGGAGUGUCGGCCCAAGAUGCGGGAAACUACAAAGUCACAGCCAAAAACGCAUUGGGCGAGAGUAAUGCCACCAUUAGACUUAACUUUGAUAAUCUUAAGCCAGUUGAAGAACCUGGAAAAGGAGGUGGUCGCCCAGUGUUUAUACAAAAACCUGGAAUUCGCCAAGUUGGUGAUAAAAUAGUGAUAGACUGCAAGCUCACUGGCGAUCCCAAGCCUACCAUUCAAUGGUUCCAAGGGGGGAAGGAGAUAUUCCCUGGAGGAAGAAUCAAUAUGAUACAUAAUACUACCGCUAACAACCAUGCUGUGUCCCUAGAAAUCGCUCAGGUCGGAGCACAAGAUGGCGGGGAGUACAAGGCCAUUGCUAAGAACAAGCAUGGAGAUGCUACAGCAACGAUUACUCUCAACUUUGAAGGUGGAAAGAAACCAAAACUGCCAGAAGGAAAGGCACCCCACUUUCUUCAGAAGCCCACCAUUAAGCAGCAACAGAAGCUGUUGGUGAUGUCGUGCCUACUGGAGGCGAAGCCAACUCCCCAGAUCCGCUGGUUCCAAGACCAGAAGGAGGUUGGCGAGGGAGGACGCUUUAACAUUACCCUGAACAGGGAGGGUAGCUCACCCGAUACCUACCUAGCCGUCCUGCAGAUCAAGGAUCCAACUCUUAGCGAUGGCGGAACGUACAAGUGCACUGCAGCCAACGACCUGGGAGAAUCUAAUGCUAACAUAACACUGAACUUCCAAGAUUUGCAACCUGGGGGCGAGAAAAAAGCAGCAGGAAUCGCACCAGUAUUCAAAGAGAAACCAAAGGUCUCCCAGGAAGCUGGUAAAAUCGUCAUGGAAUGCAAAUGCACAGCUAGCCCCAAGCCCGCAAUAACCUGGUUCAAGGGCACGCAGCAACUGUCAGCAGGACCACGUCACAAGCAGACAAUAACAGAGAGCGGAAACGACCACACCCUUAGAAUGGAGAUUUCAAACUUUACCAAAGAUGAUGGUGGCCAAUACAAGGUCACGGCCAAGAACGAAGCUGGAGAGGGCAGCGCCAACAUCACCUUGAACCUAGAACCGCCAAAGCCUGCACCCCCGAAGAUUGAAGGGAAACCUUCCAUCCGUCUGGAGGAAAAGGACAACGUCAUCAUCAUGGAACAGCCCAUCUCCUCCGCGGUCAAACCCACCGUCAUGUGGUACUUCAACGGCCAGCCACUGAAGCCAGGCGGUCGCUAUGUCAUGGAUAUGCCUCAAGAGAAGGGGCUGUACUACCCUACGCUGGAGAUUGAAGAUUUCAACGAUAAGGACUCGGGUAACUACAAGAUGGUCAUCCAGAACCCCGGGGGCGAGAUAAGCAUCCCUCUAGCUCUCAAUGUUGCAGCACUGAGGCCAAAGGUUAAAGGGGAAGCACCGAAGUUCACACAGAAACUUGCUCCAAAGACUGCUAUUGAUGGGGAUGCUGUGGACUUUGUGGCCAAAAUAACUGGUACCGAGCCGGUCACCACGACGUGGUCGAAGGACAAGAAGGUGCUGAAGAAUUCCGAAAUCCACAACAUCACCUACGACAAAGGAAACUGUAGGCUUUACAUUCCUGAAGUGUUCCCCGAGGAUUCCGGAAACUACUCCCUUGAAAUAAAAAAUAAAUUUGGCAGUGCCAGUACAAUGGCAAGUCUGCAAGUAAAAGAAGCCGAGAAAAAGAAACCGGAGGCGAAAGUUGAAGAGAAAUUGGAACAACAAAAGAAACAAGCAGAACCCAAACAAGAACCUAAACAAGAACCCAAAGAAGAACCCAAACCUGAGCCCAAAAAAGAUCCUAAGCAAGAGGCAAAGAAAGAGCCUGCAAAGAAAGACGAGCUUAAACCCGAAGAAAAGAAAGCAGCUCCUAAAAAAGAACCUUCUCCUAAAAAGGAGCCCUCUCCUAAAAAAGAGCCUCCCAAACCUCCCACUAUUGUUGAACCUUCAGUUGAAGAACCUCAGAAGAAAGAGGGCAAAGGUAAAAAGGAAGACAUGAAUGACACAAAUAGUAAUAAUAGUUCGAGUAGGAGUGGAAAGGCAGGUAAAGGAAAGCAGCGUGCGUACCAGAAGAAACCAACAACCAUUCUUGAGGAAGAUGAUGAAGAACACAAGGAUGACGGUUAUGAAGCUGAUGUUGAUCGCCCCGUUGCCCCGGAUAUCAGCAUAAAUGACUAUGAUGAAGAUGAUGGAAAAGCAGUGGAGGAUGAUGGCCGAAGGAUGUCCAAGUCAGCGAAGGGGAAAAGCGAUGGACCAUUUCUGGCGGAGAAACCGGGAAAUGUUGUGGUACAAGAAGGCAAGGAUCUUAUGGUCAAGUUCAAACUGGACCUUCAGGGGAAGCCACUUCCAAGUGUGCGUAUAUUCCGGGCAGGAAGAGAGGUGCGUGAGGACACACGUACCAGCAUUGUGUCAGAUAAGAACAACUGCUAUCUUGAGAUCAAGAAGACUCGCAUCCAGGAUGAGGCUAAAUACUCUAUUAUCCUGGAACAAAAUGGCAUGAAAACUGACGAGGCAACAUUCAGUGUGUUCAUUAAGGAUCCCAAGGACUCCGCUCUGGACUUCCGGUCCCUCCUGAAACACAGGGACACCGGCAAGAAGGAGGAGGAGGAUGACAGCCUUGACUGGGGAAACCUCAAACCAGAGGAAGUGGAUAAAAAGGGCCGCCGCCUGUCUCAGAUCGAGAUGAUGAGGAAGGGGCUGAAGAAGGUGGAGAAGGCCGAGGGAAGUGAUAGCGAAGAAGAGAAGCAGAAGGAUUCAGCUCGCAGACAGUCAGUUGAACUGGAGGCGCCCGUAAAGAAAGUUUCUGCUGAAAAGCUGGAGGCUCUCGAACAGCAGACGCGUAGGGCAUCAAUGCAAAUGCGUAGGGCAUCGUUAGCAGAAUGUAUUCCUGAUUGGCCUACGCUGUCAAAGCGACACGUCAUUAAAGAGGAACCAGACAAGUUCUUGAAAGAGCUGGAUGAUGUCAAGUGUAUCGAAGGAAAGGAACGUGUCGCCUUUUCGUGCGAAUUCUGCAAACCAAAUGCCCAGGUGCGAUGGUUCAAAAACAAGAUGGAUGUUUUCCAUGGUCAUAAAUAUCAUUUGACCAAUGACGAUCAUGAGUACAAACUGGAGCUGUACAAUGUGAAACCAGAGGACGGUGGCAAGUACACCUGUCAGUGCAACGAUGUCACCACGUCAGGAUGGCUGUAUGUGGAAGCCAAGGAGCCUGAGUACUACUUCACCCAGAAGUUGCCUCAGCACCAUGAGAUCACCAGGAAGAAGAUGGGCAUGCUGGAGUGUUUCAUCUCUGACCCGAGGGCCAGGGUCAAGUGGUACAAGGGAGACGAGGCAUUGGAGUACACCCCGGGUAUAUAUGAGAUUCAGAGGCGAGAGAACAGAUGUAUUCUCAAGUUCCCUGAUGCUCAGUCCGAUCUCGAGGGCGAGUACACCUGCCGUUGUGGAGAUGCCAUCACCAGUUGCGACCUCUAUGUAGAAGAGCCGGAGUGGGAGUUCAUGAAGAAGUUGGAAGAUGUGGAGGCUGUUGAGCGUGAAAAGGCGACCUUCAUCUGUGAUGUCAGUGACCCUGAGGCAGAGGUCAGCUGGUUCAAGGAUGAAAAGACAGAGACUGGCGAAAUUGUUACCAUCAAGCUUAACACAGAAGAGGAACUUAAAGCUGGCGGUAAAUUCCUGUUUGAGAAGGAUGGCUUGAAGCGCCGUCUAGUGGUGAAGAACUGCAGUAUCAAGGAUGACGCCAAGUACAGUUGUCACAUGUUGAGCCAGAUCACAUCAGCCGAUCUGUUUGUGUCCCCUGACGUCCGCUUCAUGAAGAAGUUGGAGAACAAGACUGUGAAGGAGGGUGAAAACCUGGUCCUAGAGUGCAAGGCAGCCAACCCUCACAAACACCCUGUCAAGUGGUUCAAGAAUGGAAAACCUAUUGGAGAUGAUGUUAGGUAUGACAUCACUCAGAAGGGAGAAUCCUUCAAGCUGACCAUCAAGGGAGCCAAGCCAACGGAUGAAGCUGAAUACAAGCUUCAGAUUGGUGAACGACCAACCAAGUCUGUGGUCACAGUUCAAGAACAGCCUAAACCUCCCAAGAUUGACCCCGCUGCUAUUCCCAAGGAGAUCUUUGUGAAGAGAGGAGAGAGGAUUGAACUUGACAUUCCUUUUGUGGGUGCACCUCUUCCUCGAGCACAGUGGUCUAAGGAUGGCCAGCCUCUUAGUGAAGCUGACCUUGACAUUGAGACCUCCAAGGGUCACACCAAACUCAUCAUCCCUGAUGCCCAGCGUACUGACACAGGAACAUAUGAGUUGACAUUGACCAAUGAGGCUGGUUCCGACAAGAUCCCAGUCAAGAUAACUGUUAUGGACAAGCCUGGCAAACCUAAAGGACCCCUCGACGUGACAGACAUCUUUGCCGAUCGCUGUGCCUUGUUGUGGGACAAACCAAAGGACGAUGGUGGUGCUCCCAUCACCCAUUACCUGGUCGAGAAGAUGGACUCUGCUACAGGCAAAUGGGAGCCAGUGUGUGAGACAGAUGACAUGGAGGUUGAUGUCAGUGACCUGACACCAGGUCACAAGUAUCAGUUCCGUGUGGCUGCUGUCAACUCAGAAGGCACCAGUGAAUAUUUGGAUUCAGAUGGAGAAAUCCUAGCCAAGGAUCCAUGGGAUCCUUCCGAUCCACCAGGAACUCCAGAGAUCAUUGAUUAUGACAAGGACUAUGCCGAAAUCAAGUUUGACCCACCCAAGAAAGAUGGUGGCGCCCCCAUCCAAAGUUAUGCUGUAGAGUACAGGGAGAAGGGAACGGAUGAAUGGAAGAAGGGUACCGAUGUUCCGGGAACUGCUGACACAGCAACUGUCGAUGGCCUUAAGGAAGGCAAAGAAUACGAGUUCCGUGUCAAGGCUAAGAACAAGGCCGGAUUAUCUGAGGGCAGCGAGUGUUCCGGACCUGUGAUUCUGAAGUCCAGGAGAGUUAAGCCACGUAUCAACCACCAAGACGUCACAAAGAAGAUCCAGAUCAAGGCUGGCCAACCCUUUUCUAUCCCCAUCACCUACAUUGGAGAGCCUGCACCCAAGGCAACAUGGACUGUGAAGGGACUGGAUGAACCGGCUGGGACCGAGAUCCCGCUAGAGCCAUCAGAUGUGGUGGCUAUAAAAAACGAGCCCAAGAAGUCAACCGUCGACAACAACAAGAGCAUCAGGAAGCACACUGGUCUCUACACCAUCACUGUUGCCAACAAGCAUGGCCAGGAUACAGAAACAGUGGAAGUUGUUGUCCUAGGUCCUCCAUCUCGACCUUCUGGUCCGCUGGCGGUCAAGGACGUAACCAAGGACAGUGCGACCUUGACCUGGAAACCUCCUCCAGAUGAUGGCGGCAAUGACAUCACCAAUUACCGUGUGGAGAAGUUUGACUUGAAGAAGGGCAAAUGGGAGAAGGUUGCAGAUGCAGUUGGCAAGAAAUGUGUUGUGCCAAAACUCCAAGAGGGUCAUGAAUACAAGUUCCGCGUCAUUGCCGAGAACCGCAAUGGAGAGUCUGAACCCCUGGAAACAGAGGAUCCAGUCACAGCCAAGAAUCCAUUUGAUGAACCUCUACCUCCUGGUCAGCCCCAGAUCACCGACACUGACCGCAACCGCAUCGAAAUGAAGUGGGACCCCCCAGAGGACGAUGGUGGCGCCCCCGUCACCAGCUACGACAUCGAGAGGAAAGACCCCAAGUCUGGCCGCUGGGUCAAAAUCAACAAGGCUCCAGUGGAGGGCAACACCUACAAAGAUGACAAGGUAUCUGAGGGCAAGGAGUAUGAGUACCGCGUCGUCGCCAACAACGAGGCUGGAUCAUCUGCACCAAGCCAUGCCUCUAAGCCAGCCAUUGCCAAGCCUACCAAGGAGGCACCCAAGGUGAGCCUGGACAAUCUGUUCGGAGCCAAGGAGAUCCGUGUCCGUGCCGGAGAACCUCUGGACAUUGCGCUGGGAAUCUUGGGAGCUCCUGCCCCAACUGUGGAAUGGCUCCAGAAUGGAAAGCCUGUUGGAGAUAGAGCAAGAAAGACCAACACUGAGACUGAGGCCAAGCUGAACAUUCCUCGUUCCGUGCGUGGUGACACAGGCAAGUACACCAUCAAGGUGAAGAACGCCCAUGGCGAGGACUGCGCGGACGUCAACGUUGUUGUCCUGGACAAGCCAGCAGCUCCCGAUGGACCACUGGACGUUGCUGAGGUCACUGCCGAGACCUGCAGACUCAAGUGGAAGCCGCCCACUGACAACGGAGGCGCCGAGGUCACAGGGUACGUCAUCGAGAAGUGCGAGGAGGGCAGCAAUCUGUGGGAGAAGGUCCCCGGACUGCCCACAGGAACGUCGCACCUGGUCAAGGGACUCAAGGAAGGAAAGACGUACCAGUUCCGUGUCAAGGCCGAGAACAUCUAUGGCACUGGAGAACCUCUCAUCGGAAACAAAGUUCUUGCCAAGAAUCCAUUUGAUGCUCCUGAUGCUCCCAGAGACCUUGCUAUCGCCAAGUAUGACAAGUUCUCCUGCACACUGGAAUGGAAGCCUCCACUGGCUGAUGGCGGCAACCCAAUCACAGGUUACGUUGUUGAGAAGAAGGAACGUGGCCGCGACUGGGUCAAGGCGAGCUCCUUCCCCAUCCCCGACCCUUCCUUCACUGUGCUCAAUCUGAAGGAAGGCAAUGAUGUGGAGUUCAGGGUGAUGGCGGUCAAUGAGGCCGGCCCAGGCAAGCCUAGCAAGUCUACACCUCCCCACACCGUCCGGGAUCCCAUCUUCCCUGCCGGUUCUCCAACUCAGCCCAACGUGGACAAGAUCACCAAGAACUCUGUGGGACUGUCCUGGAACAAGCCGACCAGCGAUGGCGGCAGCAAGAUCACAGGGUACAUUGUUGAGAGGAAGAAGAAGGGAGAAGAUGAUUGGACAGAGUGUCUGACUCUUCCCGCUAGUGUCACACAGGGAACUGUGGGUAAUCUGAAGGAGGGUGAUGAAUACUCAUUCCGUAUCCGGGCCGAGAAUGGUGCCGGGCCAGGAGAACCCAGCAGGCCAACAAAUGUGCUCAAGGUUGAAGAUCAACCAGAGAAGCCCAAGAUGGAUAUGACUGGCGUGAGGGACAUCACGGUCAAGGCGGGACAAGAAUUCCAGAUCAAGAUCCCCUUCGUAGCCACACCCAAACCCAAAGCUACAUGGAAGCUGGGGGAUGAUGAGGUGGAGGAAUCUGCUAGAACUACAUUCAAGAUUCUAGAUGGUAAAGGGCACAAGCUUGGAGAAGAUGUUGCUGUUCUGGCUGUUGCUAAGUCAAAGCGUGAAGAUGCUGGCCGAUACUCUCUGACCUUGAAGAACCCGUCUGGAUCAGAGACUGUGCAACUCAACGUCAACGUCCUCGACAAACCCAAGCCUCCGAAGGGACCGAUCACUGCAUCAGACAUCGAUGGUGAAUCAAUGACCUUGAACUGGCAAGCACCUGUUGACACUGGUGGUGAGCCAAUCGCCAACUACAUCGUGGAGAAGCGCAAGGCGGGCAGCAACCGGUGGCAGAAGGUCAGCAGCUUUGUGUCCAGCCCCAAGUGCACCGUCCGGAACCUGGAGCCCGGGGAGAAGUACGAGUUCCGCAUCAUGGCCGAGAACACUCAGGGUGUCAGCGAACCACUCGAGACAGAGGAAGCUAUUCUAUCCAAGCUGCCAUAUGAUCCCCCCGGUGCCCCCAGCUCCCCCAAGAGUAUUGGAACCACCGAGGACUCCAUCACUCUGUCCUGGAACCCACCCAAGAGAGAUGGUGGCGCCGAGAUCCUGGGAUACCAGGUGGAGAGGAGGGAGAAGGGAGACAACAAGUGGACCAAGGCCAAUGUGUCGGACAUCGGUGACACAGAGUACACCGUGAAGGGUCUACAGGACGGCAAGGACUACGAGUUCCGUGUGUGUGCCGUCAACGCCGCCGGGCCAGGUGAACACAGCGAGUGUUCCGACGCCAUCAAGGCUCAACCACCCCCAGUGGCGCCAAAGAUUAACCGAGACUUCGGAAUCCGUGAUAUUGUGGCCAAGGUUGGAGAACCAUUCAAGAUAUCCAUUCCGUUCAGUGGCAGACCUAUUCCUACUGCAGCCUGGACUCAGGGAGGUCUCACAGUCCAUGAGACAGAUCGCAUUAAGUUCAGGAAUGAUCCUACAGAGAUCUUGUUGCUGAACAAGAAGGCUGAGAAGGGUGACACGGGCAAAUACACGGUGCUGCUGACCAAUGAGAAGGGCAGCGACUCCAUCUCACUCAACGUCACAGUGUUCGAUGCCCCAUGCAAGCCAGAGGGACCCCUCGAUGUGUCGGAAGUCACACCUGACUCCUGUAUUCUGAAAUGGUCCCCACCAAAGGAGGAUGGCGGCAGCCCCAUCAGCAACUACAUCGUGGAGAAGCAAGACAAGAAGACGGGCAAGUGGGAGCCAGUCACCAAGUUCGUCCGCGGAACCACCUACGAGGUGAUGGGCCUUACUGAAGGCCAUGAGUACAACUUCCGUGUGUCAGCCGAGAACGAACAUGGCAUCAGUGAACCGCUGGAGACCACCAUGUCUGUCUGUGCUCAGUACCCCUACACCGCGCCCGACGCCCCGUCUACCCCCGAGGUGCUGGAUGUUGAUGACGGCAGCGUGACACUGUCCUGGGCUCGUCCCAAGAACGACGGCGGCAAGAAGAUCCAGGGCUUCGUUAUUGAAUACAAGGAGCCUAGCAGCGGCCGAUGGAAGACCUACAAUGAAGCUCCCAUCAAGGAAACAACCACAACAUUGGAGGGCUUGAAGAAGGAUGGGGAGCUGGAGUUCCGUGUCAGGGCCAAGAACAGCGCCGGCCUCGGAGAACCCAGCAGCUCGACUGGACCCGUCUUGAUCAAACCCAAAUACACCAAACCCUCGGUGCCAGGUGUGCCGUCCCCCGCCCACAUCGGCCGAAGCUUCGUGGAGCUGAAAUGGGACAAACCCAGACUGGAUGGCGGCAGCAAGAUCACAGGUUACAUUGUUGAGAAGCGUGAGAAGGGCUCCACCUACUGGACAAAGGCAACAGACUACCCAUGCAUCGACAACGCAUACACUGUUGCCAACCUGCCAGAGAAUGCCGAGUUUGAGUUCCGAGUUAUUGCUGUCAACACGGCCGGAAAGAGCGAACCCAGUUUGGAGUGUGCUCCAAUCAAAAUCAAGGAGAAAGUCGUCGGAUCUGAGCCAGACUUCAUCAAGAAGCUGCAGAAUGUCAAGGCCGCUCUUGGCGGUGAGGCCAGUUUUAGCGUGGAGUUCAAGAGUGAACCAAGACCAGAAAUCUACUGGUUCAAGAAUGGAAUUGAAAUGGGCUCGUCAGGACGUAACCGUAUGCGCGUAGAUGGCAGUACGUGCACGUUCACCAUCGGUGAGGUGUACGACAAGGACGCAGGUGACAUCACGUGUGAGUUAGUCAACAGCCUGGGACGCGUGUCAUGCUCCUGCAACCUCGCUGUGCUGUCGCCUCCUCGUCUGGAGAAGGACAUCCGCGACCAGAAGGUUGAGAAGGGAGAACAGUUCAAGAUCAAGAUCCCUUUCAGUGGAACAGGACCCUUCGACGUCAAGGUCAAGAGAGACAACAAGGACGUUCCUGAGAGUGACCGGGUCAAGAUCUCUGUGUUUGAUGAGUACAUGACUCUCGUCAUCAAAGACUCGGACAUCGACGACACCGGCGCCUACAAGGUCGAGAUCAGCAAUGACAGUGGAACCUGUACUGCUCCUUUCAAGCUCAAGGUCGUCAGCCCUCCAUACACUCCCACUGGACCACUCAAUGUGUCGGACAUCACCAAACACACAUGCCGCCUGGCUUGGAAGCCGCCCAAGGAGGACGGUGGCGCCAAGGUGACAUCAUACGUCGUGGAGAGACAGGAAGUGGGCAAGCCCUACUGGGUGACAGUCUCCUCACAGUGCAGGGAUACCUCCCUGGACGUGCAGGGUCUCUAUGAGAACAGCCAGUACCUCUUCCGUGUCAGUGCUGUCAACGAGUUCGGACAGGGAGAACCACUCACUGCUGAGAGCGCCAUUGUAGCCAAGAUGCCAUUCGACGCUCCCCAGGCCCCUGGUACUCCAGAGGUCACGGAAGUCGGUGGUGACUUUGUCAGUCUUACCUGGGAUAAACCCAAGUCUGAUGGCGGCGGCCGUAUCCAUGGUUACUGGAUUGACAAGCGUGAGCAUGGCACUGAUAACUGGUCCCGCAUCAACAUGUCGCCUUGCCUCACCAACAUGAUCAACAUCCCCAACCUCAUUGAGGACCGCAAGUACGAAUUCCGCGUGUUUGCUGAAAACGAGGCUGGUUUGAGCAAACCAUCCACGGCCUCCAACAGUGUCAAGAUCAAGGAUCCUAAAGCUGCUGUUAUUCCCGAGUUCACCAGUGGUCUCCGCAAGGUACAAGCAGUCCAGGGCAAGUCGGCCCGCUUCGAGUGUGAAGUCUCAGGAACUCCCAAGCCAGAUGUCCAAUGGUUCAAGGGUGUCCGUGAGGUCUAUGAUAGUGACAAGUUUGAGGUCUUCACUGAAGGAGACAAGCAGGUGCUUGUUGUCCAUGAUGUGUUCGGUGAGGAUGCAGAUGAGUACACCGUCCGCGCCACCAACAGGGGAGGAUCACGUGCAUCGCGUGCCGAACUCGAGAUCCGAUCACCCCCCAAGAUCAACGUACCUCCACGAUUCCGUGACAUAUGCACAUUUGAGAAGGGUGAGACGUGUGUCCUGAAGAUUCCAUUCAUGGGCAACCCCAAGCCUGAUGUGAAGUGGAUCCGUGACGGAGAGGAGCUGCGCGGCAGUCACUACAACAUCGAAGUCACCGACCGUCAUGCCAUCCUCACCAUCAAGGAUGCGACCAAGAAUGAUGAUGGCCCCUACAGGCUGCAGCUGGAGAACAGCCUUGGACAGGACUCUGUAGUACUGAAGCUCCAGGUUAACGAUCAUCCUGACUCUCCACGCUUCCCCAAAGUUGAGAACAUCCGUGAUGACUCUGUUGUAUUGUCAUGGAAACCCCCACUGAACGAUGGAGGCAGCUUCAUCACAGCGUACGUCGUGGAGAAGAGAGAGCUCCCAUCCAACAACUGGAUCAGAUCUGCUUCCACAAGGUUUGAGUUCCACAACGUCACAGGUCUUUCCGCCAACAAGGAAUACGAGUUCCGGGUCGUUGCUGAGAACUUCUAUGGGCGUAGUGAACCCUGUGAGCCAACGACCACCAUCAAGACCGACGAGCCCGAGUCUGUCCGCAAGAAGAAGCAGAUGGAAGAUGAGUUUGGCAGAAAGGUCAGAGGCAAAUAUGACGGCCCUAAGAUCAACGACUAUGAUAAGUUCUAUGAUGACAUCUGGAAGAAGUUUGUGCCGCAGCCCGUGACGGUGAAGCAGGCCAGCGUAUACGACUACUACGACAUCCUGGAGGAACUUGGAAGUGGUGCGUUUGGUGUUGUCCAUCGCUGUGUGGAGAAGGCAACAGGCCGAGUGUUUGUGGCCAAGUUCAUCAACAGCCCCUACCCACUGGACAAAGCCACGGUGAAGAACGAGAUCAACAUCAUGAACCAGCUCCAUCAUCCAAAACUCAUCAACAUGCACGACGCCUUCGAGGAUAAAUACGAGAUGGUUCUCAUCCUGGAGUUCUUGGCUGGUGGAGAGUUGUUUGAUCGUAUCGCUGCUGAGGAUUACAAAAUGUCUGAGGCGGAGGUGAUCAACUACAUGAGACAAGCCUGUGAGGGCCUCAAACACAUGCACGAACACAGCAUUGUCCACCUCGAUAUCAAGCCUGAGAAUAUUAUGGUCGAAACCAAGAAAAGCACCAAUGUCAAGAUCAUCGACUUCGGUCUUGCCACCAAGCUCAAUCCGGAUGAGAUUGUCAAGGUUACCACGGCAACAGCUGAGUUCGCAGCCCCUGAGAUCGUGGAUCGCGAGCCUGUUGGUUUCUAUACUGACAUGUGGGCUAUCGGUGUGCUCGCUUAUGUUCUGUUGAGUGGAUUGUCUCCCUUCGCCGGCGAAGAUGACCUUGAGACUCUGCAGAAUGUGAAGCGUUGUGACUGGGACUUUGACGAGGAAGCGUUCAGCAAUGUUUCCCAGGAGGCCAAAGCCUUCAUCAAGGCCCUCCUUGUCAAACAGGCACCAAAGAGGAUGAACGUCCAUGAUGCCCUGGAACACCCAUGGCUCACUGGUGACCAUAGCAACCUGACAACAAGGAUCCCAUCCAGUCGCUACAACAAGAUCAGACAGAGGAUCAAGGAGAGAUACGCUGACUGGCCCCAGCCUAUGCCAGCCAUCGGUCGUAUCGCCAACUUCUCCUCUCUCAGGAAACACAGGCCGAAGGAGUACCAGAUCUAUGACAGCUACUUCGAUCGCAAGGAGGCUGUUCCAAGAUUUGUGCGCCGCCCACGUAAUGCUACAGUUCCUGAAGGACAGACAUGCAAGUUUGACUGCAAGAUCAUCGCUGCAUCUCCACCAAUUGUUACCUGGUACAAGAACGACAGUCUGCUGACACAGAGCAUCAAAUAUAUGCAGAAGUACAUGGGCAAUGAGUUCGAGCUGAAGAUCUCCCGCGUCAAGAUGGAAGACAAGGGAGAGAUCCUUGUGCGGGCUGAGAACUCUUUUGGCAGGAAGGAAGAAAAAUGCAAACUCAACAUUGAGCCCGGACUGGACGCCUUCAGGCCUCCAAGCAGAGAGACGACUCCCAUGAGAAAGAGGCGUGAAUAUGAAGAAGUCCAGUUUGAAAAACCAAAGGAAGAUGAACAACCAAACUUCAACUUUGACCUCCGACCUCGUACCAUCCAGGCUGGCACAGAGUUCAAACUCAUCUGCUGCGUCAAGGCUCAUCCCCCACCGAAGGUACAAUGGUCGAAGGAUGGCCGUGACCUGACCGAUGGCGACCACUACAACAUUACCUACUCUCAUGGCGUGUGUACCCUGGAGAUCCAGAACGCUCGUGUGGAGGACACAGGCAGAUACUCGUGCGUGGCCACCAACCCCCUGGGCGACCAUGAGACCAACACCCGCGUCACAGUGGAAGACCGUGUCCACGCUGGGAUGAAGGACAGUGACAGCAGCUCCAAGAGAACUGUGUCCCGAAUGGCUCGCAGGACCAAGUCGGGCGUCAACAUUGAGGAGUUCUCCUCCAGUUACGAAGAGUCAUCCUCCUCAACAUCUUCUUCCUCCAAGUCCUCCAAGACACGCCGCUUCCAGCGAGAGGAAGUCACAGAGUCCUCUUCUUCCUCCUCAAGGAGAAAAGAGGAAAAACCUGUAGAAGUGGCGCCAGAGUUUUCUGAAAAGCUCUCCCCUGUGUCCUUGACUGAGGGAGAACGACUAGCUCUACAGUGCACCGUGUCCGCCAAACCUGAACCCAAUGUCGAAUGGUACUUUAACGGACAGAUGCUGAAAUCGGAUGAUGUAGUAUCUCUAAGUUAUAGCAAUGGUGUGUGUAAAUUAGUUAUUUCGGACACAGUUAUAGACGACGAAGGUACCUACGUAUGUAAAGCUUCCAACCCAGCUGGCGUUGCUUCCACCAGAACCAACGUUACCAUUAAAGGCAAGGCCACUCCCAGCGCUCCAAAGCCAGUGGCGGCAUCUGCUGAAUCAGAAAGCCAACCAGCGCCUGUAGAGGCAACCACCCCAGCAGACACGCCCGCACCUGCUCCUGAAAGCCAGGCAACAUCUGUCGAGCCCACCCCCUCAGCGGACACACCCGCUCCUGAACCAGAAACACCUGCUGUGGAGCCUGCAGUGCCCGAGACAGCACCAGAAUCUCAGCCACAAACCGUGACUGACCCACCCACUGCAGAUGAACCAGAGUCUGAACCCAGUCAUCCCACUGACACAGAAAAUCCACCCAUUGUGGAAGCUCCUGGCUCUGUGCAGGAACCUCCGACUCCUGUACAAACUGAAGAGAGUGCACCUGCACCUGCCCCUGCCCCGGAGGCCGAGGCUCCCGCCCCUACCCCAGAGGCUCCGGCCACACAACCUACAGGGGGAGAAGAAAAAGAACCCAUUGCCCCUGCUCCAGAGAAGAAAUCUGACGUUGAAGUCCCAAGUUUCCUAGACCAAGUUCAAGGUCAGAUUGUGCUAGAUGGAGACCAGGUGACCUUCCAGUGCAGGAUAUCAGGUAACCCUGAGGUCCAGUGGUUACGGGACGGCAAGACAAUUAAGGACUGUGAAGAUUUCCAAUACGGGAAAUCUGGCGAUAGCUACAAAUUGGUCAUGGCUGAGGUGUUUCCCGAGGACAGUGGCGUGUACGAGUGUGUCGCAACCAACGCCAGUGGAUCAAUCUCAAGUGCAGGCUCACUACUCGUACAAGUUCCCGAUGAGAAGCCCGCCGGUCCUGUUUUCGUCACAUUCCCCAAGUCCCAAAACGCGGAGGAGGGGAGUUCUGUCAAGUUGUCUUGCAGUGUAGAAAGCCAGUCUUCACCUACAGUUUCCUGGAGCCGCGCCGGCCGAGAAAUUGAGGAUACUGGACGUUUCAAAUUCACCCAAGAUGGCAACAACUUCACUUUCGAGAUUCCCGCCGUGCUGUCCACUGAUUCCGGAGCAUACACUGUGAAGGUCAAGGAUGACUCCGGCAGUGCAACAUGGGCGUUUUCUUUACACGUUGCCAUCGGCGAGUCCGCAGGGGGUGAUGUGGACGUUCAGCAAUUUCUCAAGUCAGUCGCAUAAUGCAGUACCUGCCCACCGCUUCAUGCCACCUCUCUCGACCUGAGGCUUAGCGCAUGACCGAUCGACUUGACAGACUGAUUUCACUGUCGUCAAACUGUGACGUGCAUCCAUCAUUUAUAAAUAAGUAUCACCAUCCGGACUCCACCCAAGACAAAAACUCAAUAAAAAUAUGACCUGGUUUGGCGGACUUCUCAACUCUUUCCACCAAAACCUUGUCACACAUUUGGAAUAUAAUGUAAAUUUAUGCAGUGACCCGAUUUUGAAGAUUUGUAUAGUGUGUUGUACUGGUCAAUUGCAGAAUUUGACUUCCUUUUCUAUGGACUGUUAAUAUUGUGAAGAUAUUUAAAUACAAAUUUUAAGUUAUUGGCAGAAAUGCUAGAUUAUAGGAGAACAUGACUUAUGUUUUAAAGAAGAAUGGUCAUAAUUGAUCUUUGUUCCUAUAUAUGAAUGAACCCAAGCUACUUUUUUAAGAGAUUGUUAACGUCAUAUUUUCACUAAUUAUUAACCACACAUUUUUGUUAAAUAUUGUAAAUUUUGUUUUUGAGUAUUGAAUGAAUGAAUGACUUGAGUGUUUGAGGGUCCUGAUGGGGUAGACCAGAAGUCAAAAGUUGGUUUCUAGGUAAAUUAUAAAGAUCAGGAUGAAAUUGAUAUGGUGAAAUAUAAAGAUAGCUUUAAGCAAAUGUUGCAUUGUAUUUAUACCUGAGUCUUUCAUAUGUAAAUUUUAAUUCCAUUUGUUGUUUGUUAAUGAGUUGUACCAAAAAAUAUCUAUAGAAAAUCUAUUUUUGGAAAUAUUUUUGUGUAAAUUAUUAUUGUAAAUGUAAAUUAUGUAAAGCAAGAAUAUAUCAUUUUAGUGUGGAAAAAAUGAAAUAGUUAACUUUUGACUGCUGAUACCCCCCUUCUGCCCCCUCGGAAAGUGUGUGUGUAUUUUCACUGCGUACUAUGUGAGUAGGUGCUGCUUCACAAACCUCUGAGCAGGACGUCCCCACGUCCUCAUUUGAAGCUGACGAAAUAUCAGACAACUUAUAAAGUCCUGUAUUUUAAAGGAUUGAAUUGAGAGUAAUUGCAUGGUUGGAAGGUAGAAUACUUUCCUAACAACAGUUUGUCUUCAGGGUAUACAAGUAUACACUUCUUAUCCUUCUAUUAUAGGCGCCCUUAUUACGAAGUGUGAUUAAUGAUUUUUAUUAUAUUUGGUCUCAACUCACUGGAUAUGGACUGUUUUUUGUGUUCAUAAAGAUAUCUUAAUUUUCAUCUUCGGUUUGAAGUAGUUGUUUGGAUGAUCUAAGAAACUGCCAUGGAUCAUACUGUAUCAACACGAAUUUAAGAUGAAAACUGUCAAGGGAGAUAACUCUAACUGCCAUUUCAUUGUGAACAUAAUCUCAAACAUUCAUAUUAAUGAGUCAAACCUUUUGAAUUGUGAAACAUAGGUUUCAACCUGGAUUGUUAGUGUGAAAUCAAAUGUGAAAUAAAGGUGACAAAUAUAUAAUUUGAGACAGCUUCAAAUGAGUGUCUGCAGACAUCUUGUCAUGGCCUGGUACUGUUGUUCUGUGUGUGGCCUGUCUCCCUGCGACGGUGUGUGUGAGUGUGCCGUGCACACGUCGUGAGAGAGACACAGCCCUCUACAAGCUGCUAUGUUGGACUGAGUUUUGUUCAAGUUGGACAAUGGUGCUGCUCCUCCCUUCCCGCCUGUACAACCCAGAGUUCAAUAAAACAUGGAAAACAA